AUGGAGCGUAGACAUAGAUGGAUGUAUGAGAUAACAAGGCAUUCUGAAGAAUUUGAUAAUGGAUUGACUGAAAUUAUGAAAGUUGCUGAAGAGAAUCGGAAGAAGAAUUGUAGAGAAAAAAUUUGUUGUCCUUGUAAAAGUUGUCAAAAUUUAAAUUGGUUUUGUGAUGCUAUAGAAGUUAGUGCACAUAUUAUAAGUAAUGGGUUUAUGAGAGACUAUGUUUGUUGGUAUAUGCAUGGAGAAAAACUAGUCAGGGAAAAUUCUAGUGUUUCUUUAUUUACUCGGGUUAAUAGUGAUGAAAACAAUGAUUUGUACAAUAAUGACAAUGGUAAUAAUGACAAUGGUGAUGAUAACAAUAUUGGUGAUAAUGACAAUGGUGAAAAUAUAGAUAAUAUGUUUAAUGAUGUGGAGGGUGAUAUUGAUGAACAUGAUCAUGAUGAAUUUCAACAACUGUUAGCUGAUUCAAAAACAAAAGUGUAUGACGGUUGUCAAUAUUCCAAGCUUUCUGCUGUGACGGAAUUGUUAAACUUAAAAGCGGAUUAUGGAUGGAGUGAUAAAGGUUUUACAAAACUUUUGGAGUUCAUGCAUAACUUGCUCCCUACGGGCAAUAAGUUGCCAAAAACAACAUACCGUGCCAAAAAGUUGAUUUGUCCGAUGGGAAACGAAAACAAAGAUUUGCACAAAUGCAAAGAAUGUGGUGCAUCACGGUAUAAGCGAAACAAAGAAACCAAUCUUAACGAUGAUGUCACAAAGAAUGGUCCCCCUGCUAAAGUUUUAUGGUAUUUACCCAUCAUACCAAGACUAAAAUGGUUAUUUGCUAAUGCCAAACAUGCAAAGUUGUUAAGGUGGCACGAGGAUGAGCGUAAAAAGGAUGGAAUGAUAAGACACGUAGCUAAUUUUCCCCAAUGGAGGCAUAUUAAUAACAAAUAUCCUGAAUUUGAAUCCGAGAUUAGAAAUAUCCGUUUUGGUCUUAGUUCAGAUGGGAUUAAUCCGUUUGGAGACAUGAGUAGUCAACAUAGCACCUCGCCAGUACUCCUAUGCAUAUACAAUCUCCCCCCUUGGUUAUGCAUGAAACGAAAAUUCAUCAUGAUGUCUUUGUUAAUACAAGGUCCAAAACAACCUGGGAACGAACUUGAUGUCUAUUUGGCUCCGUUAAUUGAUGACUUAAACACAUUGUGGAAUGAGGGCAUUGAAGUUUAUGAUAGAUAUAUGAAUAAGAAUUUUCGGUUGCGGGCCAUGCUUUUUUGCACUAUUAGUGAUUUCCCAGCAUAUGCAAAUUUGUCAGGAUAUGGUACUAAAGGGGCUAUGGCAUGUCCCCAUUGUGAAGAUAAUACAUGUUCGAGAUGGUUAAAAUAUUGUAAGAAAACAGUUUAUAUGGGUCAUAGAAGAUUGCUUCCAUUGGGACACUCAUAUCGUAACAUGUCUAGUUUGUUUGACGGUGAACCUAACCCGGCUAAUUCAAGACGUCACAUUGUUCUACAUGGAAAACGACGCAUACUUGGUGUUGAGAAUGUUGUAGACGAGGAAGAAUAUGAUCAAUUUGAUGAGCUAUCUCCAUUUUCUAUGGCUAAUAUUUUAUCAACGGAUGAUGUUAUUGCAACACCAUUUACUUAA